GGCAGACGAGACAAGUUAAUCAUAUCUCGUAUCUGUAAGGUCAAUUGCUCCUGGAUUCCUUGACAUACAAAAGAACUUGUUGCCGCGUGAAAGUGACAUUUCGUACGAACUCAACAUCUAAAUGGCGAGGCGACUACUCAGUGCGUUGGUUCUCUCUGUUUUGUGGCUUUCACCAUGUAUUGCUAAACCCACCAGAAAGUCAUCAUCAUCAGCAACAAAUGCACUGGAAAAUAGCGGAAUCAAUCCCGGAGAUGUGGUAAAUAACGUCCAAAAUGUUGUCAGAAUCCAUACGUACAAGAGGUUGUAUUCCAGAAACAGCGCGAAAUUCGUGCGAAUCCAUCGCGAUAAAGUGGACGGCAUUGGAAACAAACACGAUCCCAUCGUUACGAUGAAGCUAGAAUCUAUGGGAUCCCAUGGUCAGGUUAUAUUGAAGUCGUAUGAUGGAAGUGUCUGUAUUUGUCUGGACAGAAGCGGAUCGGUGGUCACAAGACCGUCGCAUCAAGUGAAGACAGACCUUGGUUGCAUCUUUCAUCAGGAACACACGUCUAAGGGCUACACGCGGUACAGAUCAAAACUGAACAAACGGUGGUAUCUAGCGAUCACCAGGGAUGGAAGAACAAAGUCAGCGAAAAAGGUGCGCUCGUCGCAAAGAUCAGUGCAGUUUAUAGAAUACACCAUAUAACAGAAAUAAUGCUAAGAGUCUUUAGGUUAUUUAUUUGAAAUUCAGAAAAAUUAUUUAAAGUAUUUAUUGCAAAAAAAUUUCAUUUAGUAUUUAUAUUGUAACAGAAGUUACUCCAUUCGUGAGAAUAUAAUUUUGGAUUUUUUGUUAUCAUAUGAACACAUUUUCGUAAAAAAAGGUAUAUUUACCUGAAAAUAUUAAUUUUACAAGGUUCUUUAAAGGAGAAACAGAAAAAAAGAUGUAAUUUAAGUGUUCAUAUGAACUCACUUUCGUAAAAUAAGGUUUAUUUACCUGAAAAUAUUAAUUUUACAAGGCUCUCUAUGGGAGAAACAGAAAAACAUGUUCUUAAAAUGUUCAUAUGAACUCAUUUUCGUAAAAGAAGGUUUAUUUACCUGAAAAUAUUAAUUUUACAAGGCUCUUUAUAGGAGAAACAGAAAAAAAGAUGUUAUUAAAAUGUUCGUAUGAACUCACUUUCGUAAAUGAAGGUUUAUUUACCUGAAAAUAUUAAUUUUACAUGGCUCUCUAUGGGAGAAACAGAAAAACUUGCUAUUAAAAUGUUUCUGAGAUAUCUUACCGAAAUAUAAUUUAAUUUUGUAUAUUGAAUUCUACAAAGUAUUCGAUAUUCGAGACAAAAUUAUUUUCCUUCCCAAAAGGAACCAAAAAAAUGCUUCGAAAUAGUUUCAAAUUAAUUAGUCACGCAUUCUUGUCUCAAAUAUAAAAUAACUGACAAUACCACAUUAUUGGUACAUUUGAACAUUGUUACAUGGCCACUAAAUUAAAAUAGUUUGUUGACUUAGUCUAAAAUUGUCAAAUUGUUUAUAUGCGAGAUUGUAUUUAUUGCCGAUUAUUUU